GAUGAGAUCGACGACUUCUUUAAGAGUCCAUCCGAACAACAAUCAUCCAAUCUUUUUGGGAAAGUAGAACAAAGACAUUUCCAACGAGAUAGACAACGAGAAGGGCGAGAUAAACUCAGCGAGAUGAGUCUCCUUAUUGCCUUAGUUGUGACGCAGAGAUUGAUCUCUCUUAGAUUUUGUCGAUUCUGCGGAAAUAAUAUUGUAUCGUCUGAAGAUGAACCAUCACUUGAUUAUGAUGAUGCGGUGAGGAAAAUGAUAGGGACGAAGAUGGAUACUCUCCCAAAAGUCGAUAAG